GCUUUUAGCCUCUAGAGUUUCUUUCUCUCACUUGGUCUCCUUUAAUAGAAUAUAGUAUCUCCUGCAGAAGGAGCUGCCAGUUCGUUUUAAUACACCAUCAAGGAGCUGCUGAUGGACUUCUAUACUAACAUACAUAAAAGCAGAGGUGACAGGGGCUCUCUCAAUUACAGCCUCUUCGGAUACCGUUUCCCCCUUCAAUUAUUCAACCAGAGGAAGAGAGGACCGCAAAGGCGCAGCUGAAGCUGCUCUUAGAGCAGAGGCAGCCAGAUGGAGAAGCGUGGGGGCAAGGAUGAGAGAAAACUUAGCCGAGCUUGACAGAGCCGCGAGUGAAGGUGCAGCGGGGUGUCCGGCGAGUGGUGGAGCGAAGGUCCGCGCGGCCUGGGCCGCCCCAUCCGAGAGGAGAGGAGAGGAGCGGGCGCGGGACAUGCGGCGCGGCGGCGGAACCCUGCGGACCAACUCCGCCACCCCUGAGGCUGUUUGCAAACACUCACUCUCGAGAGCGUCGCGGGCCGGGCCAUUCGCGAACCAGACGCAACGACGAAGCGACCACCUCGAGAGUGGGGCGGGAAAGCUCUGCACCCUCUAUCCCCGCCACCAGUCUCCGCCCAGUAACUGCCCUCGGAGAAGCAGCCACGGAGCCCCUCCCGGCCAGUCGCGCUCUCCCGGCAGCGCAGUGCCCUCCGGCCCAGGCAGUUCCCUGAGCGCCGGCCUGGCCUCCUGGGUUAGAGCAGGGCUUCCACACGCGCGAACCCCGAGGGCGCGAGUUCCCCUCCAUCCUUAGGCUGCAAGGCGUUCCCGGACGCACGCGGCCUCCCAGAAGAAGGCUGGAGGUCAAGCCGCCCAAGUCUCUGCCACUCCAGAGAAGUUAACUAAAGCUCUGGAGUCGCGCGGACGCUUACCUCGGACUGUUCUGCUUAAUCACUGGAAGACAAACCCUAAGCAACAAAUCCGAGAUAUAUAUUUUUUUAAGCAAAUAUUCUUUAGAAAGGGACUUAUGGCAACGAGAGAGGAAGGGUGACAAACUGCCUGUGGUCCGCAUGAGGUAUGUAAGAAAGAACCAAGAGACCCAAUUGUCUGAUACCAAGUAGAUGGAAAGCAAUUAACUACCCUAUGCAAUUCAAUUCAGGUUCACCCGGCCGGACUUUAAGAGGGUAAGUCAAGCCUUCCCAAGGGGUUUUGCAAAAGCCGAACUACCAGGUUUCUAAAACGAAGUCUUCACCCAAAUGGACUCAUAGAUUUUUAUUUUUAUCGCAUAACCCAGGGCUGGAAUAUAACCUCCGAAAUCAAACUAAAAAUAAUCACAUCUACCUGACAUACGUUAAAAAGAUUCAGAAUCCAGACAUUUUAGGUUCAUACAUAAACCUUCAAUAUUAAGCAAAUCAGAAACAAUGUUCUAGCUUUGUCUUUUUCACCCAAAAGUAUCGAAAGGGUACAGUGGGUACAACUUGUUUAGGAUAAUACAUAUACUAAAAGCACAUGCAUGUCUUUCAUUGAAAUGCCUAGGGAGGAGUGAAGCCAUCUGUGUAAUCAAUAACAGGAUAGUUAUAGAUUUUUGUGGCAGUGAAGUCUUUUAAAAGCAAGAGUCAAUUAUGAAAAUAAAAUCAUUUUACAAAUGAAACUGUACCUAUACCCCCUAAGAAUACAUUCACAGUUAGAUUUACAACAGUAAAAUUUUAAGAAAACUUUAGGUUUAUAUUUACUUCCCUUGUUUUUCAUUAAGUUUGAAACAACUUUAGUAGCUUAUUUUAAAAGUAUAUCCUAAGUUCUACAACAUACAAAUUUGCACCAUUUCUCACAACUUAGAUAUUUUCUUGCAUGUAACUAGUUGAUUCUUGCAACGAUAAAAUAAUGGUAUUAAAUAUAUGUGAAUCUUAAUUAUGAAAUAAUUAUCAAACAAGGUGCUUGGACUAGUUUUUGCCCUGCCCUGUUUUUCAACAGCAUAUCGAAAUUACUAAAAAGAGAUUUAUAGUUAUAAACCCUCACCUUAUAUCCACUCCAACCCCCACUGGUGCACAUAUACAGCGAUUGCUCUGAUUCUUGGCAACAAUGGGAGGGGAGGGGAAGAGAAAGGAGGAAGACUUUAAAGGAGGAAAAAACCUGGAAAAAUUAGGUCCUUUCCCAGAUUCCCCUUUCUCCUCCCAUUUGCCUUCAAGCCAAAGUAAUUUUGUUACAGUUUGCACCUUCUCCUACCCUACACAAUGUUGAUAGAUUCAUUU